AUGCAGAAAGUUAUUUUCCUAUUGCUGGUUCUGAUAUUUAUGCUUGUGAAAGAGCAAGCUCACGCGUAUUCGAAUGUUUAUUCUGUCAAGAAUACUGUGCAAUCAUUUUGUUUCUCUCCCAACGGACUUUCUCUCUAUCUAGCAUCGCAAGAUAACGCUAUUCGAAAGAUGGACGAAAUUCACCAUAAUCACAUUCAAGCAGUUGCUUGUGAUCCUAUGGCACAUUCUGGUUACAGCGGUGAUGACAGCGAUGCCAUGUUGGCUGGCUGCCAUCUGUCAAACAAGCAAGGAAGCUUGCAAGUUUUGUAUGGAAAAGUUUAUUUUGUUAAUGGCUUGGCGUUGAGAAUGGUUGAUGAACAAGAAGGUAUCAUGAAGACUAUUCUUGAAGAUGACAUUUCAUCCAUGUAUGUGAAUGACUAUGAAGAAAUUAUUUAUGCCUCUGGUAAUUCGAUUAAGAAACUUUCGGAUGGUUUCGUCCAAGUUUUAGCAGGUGGAUCAGAAUGUAUUGGUGAUCAAGAUGGAUUAUUCAUGAAGGAAAGUUGCGUUUCACCAACACAUGUUGUUCAAGACGAAAGAUCUGAAGGAGUAAUUUACUUUUACGAUGAAAAGUUAAAAGUCAUUAGAAAAAUCAAAGACGAAAUUGUUACCACAGUUCCAGGAACCAGUGGAUUUUCAAUCUUUGACGUAAAACAUGGAAUGGUCUAUUGUUCAAAUGGUAAAUUGAUCAAGAAAAUUCAACAUGAUGGAACUUUCCAAAUUUUGAAUGGAAUUCCAACAAAGUCUACAAUUUCCAUGCUUAAAAUUUCACCGGAAUGGAGUGAAGAUGAAGUUUAUUUCAUUUCUCAAAAUGGAGAUCUCCAAAAAAUCAAUUAUCUUGGAAAAUUGGAAACAAUUAUUUCCAAAUCAGUUUUCAAACCUAAAUUUUAUAGAACUAGAACAAUUUUACAACAAUUUGAAUAUAAGGGAAAUAAUAAUACUUGUUUCUAUUAUUGUAAUGGAACAACCAAUGGUACUGUUAAUGGAAAUAGUUCAAACUUUGGAAACAAUACUUUUGGUAAUAACACAUUUGGUAAUAAUACAUUUGGUAAUAAUACUAAUGGAAAUGAAACAAAGCCAAAUAAUGACAGAAUUGACUAUUAUCCAACUCCAAUUCUUCAAUCACAGGUUUCUGAAGAUGGAUCUGGUGUUAGAUUUGUAAUUACAUUUGGUAAAUCGGCUGCGUACACUCAUCGUUUAUUCUAUGUCCAGGAUUCGAAAUAUGACACGAAACUUUGUAAGAAUACCUAUUUAGAAAGAGCCAUUCCAAUGACUCGGUUAGAAUCUUCAGAUAUUACACUAACUCAAAACUAUUCUACCAAUUACAUUCCAUUAGCUAAUUUAAUUAACAAUACUUCAGUUGAUAAGAAAUUGACAGCUGACUAUUUACAAUUAACUAUUAAUUUGGCUUUGGAAUAUAUUGACAAUGAGGGUGAAUUUAAUGGAGGAUUCUGUAGAGCUUAUAUUUACAAAACUUCACAAGUUAUUAAUGUGUUUUAUUCCACCAACAUUAUUUCAUCACUUUCUGUCAAUAAGUUACUGGACUAUUCCUAUAAUAUUUAUCCUCAACUUGUUACAACAGAUAGUAACAGUGGUGCUGGUAGUUUAAUUGUUGAGCUCAUGUUAGAAACUAGCAAUCUCUCACUUAUUCAAUUCACAUUCCAAAACUCUACAAAUCCAAACAGCAAUUUCAUAAUCAAUAAUGUCGAAUAUCAAUUCCAAUCAAAAUCAUUCAAAUAUUGGAAGAUUUCCAUGAAAACUGCUUCAAAGGCUUUUGAUUUCACAGGAACCUCACUCUUCUACUCUAAAUUUGAAUCAACCAGAGGAUAUAUUUUCAAUGAUUACAUUCCACUCGUCAUUAAUUAUCAAAUUGCAAUUCCUCCAGAAGAAAAAAACACAACUGUGAAAUAUUCGCUAUCUCUCUCUGGAAAUGACUUGGUACCAAAGUCUUCAUUCGCCCUUGGUGAUUCAAUCUUUGUAAGAAUGACAGCUCAAUUCAGUUAUGGAACUUACAAGUUGAGAGCCAAGUCAGCUGUCUUGUGUUGCAUGAAGGAGUUUAGUCCUGCACCAAUUUAUGAUCCUUCCAAAAAUUUAUUUGGAUGCUCCACCUAUGAUUCUAACACAAUGGAUGUUUGGAAAUCUCUCUAUUCAGGAUUUGUUUCAAAUUCUCAAAUGGAAAUUGUAGAAUUCCCAUCUCCAGAAAGUACUCACAUUUUCAAUUUCAAACUCAAAUAUGAUUAUUUCCCUGUGAGAAGUAGUUCUUACACUGCUGCUUGUUAUAUUCAAACAACUGGUGGAUUAAAGGAACCUAAUUCUAGAGAGAUUCAUUCUGAAAGUUAUCCAGAAACUGAAGUUCAUCCAUUGAGUGUCAUUAUUCCAGAAAGUACUCAACCAAAACCUAUUACUUCUACCAAGACUGUAUCAUCUGUCAAUUCUUUGCACAGUUUCAAUUUGAUGAUGGUUUUAUUAUCACUUUUAAUUGGUCUCUUUAUCAUUUAUUAAGAAUAAUGAAUAAAUAAUCUUUGAAUUAUUCU